GCCAGUCAGAGCAGGGAGCAGCAUUUUGGCAUUCGCUCCCGCAGUUGGACCAGCGAAUUACAUACCACCACUGAGGGACUGCAGUAAAGCAGUUAACUUGGCAGAAAUCUGGAGGUUCCCAACCCCCUUAAGAUGUACGGCCUGUACUUGGAAGCGGUGAAUGAUUAUAUCAACGAGUCCUACGGAGAGGAUGUAUGGAGACUGAUAGAGGCCCGGGCAGAGAUACCGCAUCUCAAGUUUGUCCGCCAUCAGAUGUACAAUGACAACCUGAUCCUGCGGCUGGCCAAGGCAGCAGGCGAGGUCCUGGGGAAGACCCAUGAUGAGCUCAUGUAUGCCUUUGGGGUUUACAUGGUGAAGAGGAUUGGGAACUACGGCUAUGAGAGGAUUCUCAAGGUGUUGGGUCGUAAUGUGCGUGACUUCAUCAAUGAGCUGGACAACCUGCACGAGUACUUCCGCUUCUCCUUCCCCAAGGUGCAGCCUCCCAGCUUCUGUGUGGAGGAGGAGUGUGAGACCAGCCUCACCCUGCACUACCGCAGCACCCGCAAGGGCUUCACCCAGUUUGUCAAAGGCCAGCUGUCUCAAGUGGGAAGGCAGUUCUACAACACGGACAUUGAAGUUGAGAUCCUGUCCAAAGAGGAGACUGAGAAGAUGACAUAUGUGAUCUACAAGAUGAACUUUGACAACGCUGCCUUCAAGCACCGCAUGCCCCAGCAGAAGACGGCCCCGGGGUACGAGAAGCUACCCAUGAAGAGGGGCAUAUUUUUCGACAUGUUCCCCUUUAGCGUGAUCUUCCGCCGGGACAUGACCAUGUACCGCAUCGGGGACGGCCUAAAGGAGGUCUUCUCCGACCUGCAGGGCAAGAAGGUCGACGAAGAGUUCACCCUGGUGCGGCCCAUGCUGGAGUUCAGCUGGGACAAUAUCUACACCCACCUUAACAAUGUGUUUGAGCUGCUGUCCAAAGCUGUGGUGGAGAGCAAGCAGAAGGUGAACGUCCCUAAACUGAGCAAGGAAAAGGAAGACGAGGGAAAAGAGGAGAGCGAGAAACCAAAGAGAGAGGAAGAGAGAGGUACAGAGAAGUCAAGGGUCCGCCCGUCACCACAGUCAACCGACAGGAGAGAUGUGAAGUCUGUGGAGGAGAUGAAGGGGGACCAGGAGUUCAGCAGUGCUCUGACUCAGUACAACAGCUCAGCCAACUCAGGGGGGGAGGACAUCGAGCUGCUCGCCUUCCAGACUGUCACCGGUGAGAACCCCUUCUUCCUCGCCCUUCACACUUCUUUUUUAUCUAUCUUCCCACCUGUCCAGCUCACCAAAAUAAGCUUACAUGCUACAUAGCUUUGUUCUCCUACAUUUGAAAGGGGUACAGAAAUCCAACACAAUGCCAGAAUCAAAACAGAGUCAGUGAUUGCCCUGUCUAUUUUGAAUGAAGUAUUAACUAUACAAUUUUUAAUAACUAGAGUGUAAUGGUCUUGGAAUUGUUGGUGCCAAUACCAAUGACAAUUC